CCGUCAACUUUUUAUCGUUUAUAUAGUACAUACGUACAUACACACAUAGCAUUCUCUUCCGGUAGUCAGCAAAAGGAGACUCCGUUGUCGGAAGCUUUAUUCGAGUAUUCACUUUUUACCUGAUUUUACACGAUGGCUAUUGGUGAUCUUAAGACUGAUAAAGGUGUCAAAGAUUUAAAUUCUUACUUAGCAGAUCGUAGUUAUAUCGAAGGGUGGCAACCCACUCAAGCCGAUGUAGUUGUAUUAGAAGCUUUAGGAAAGACGCCGACAUCUUCAAAUCCUCAUGUUUUAAGAUGGUACAAUCAUAUCAAAUCAUACGAUUUAAAGACUCUUCCUGGAGAAAAGAAAGCACCUAUCUUAAAUAGUAGUAAUUCUACUACUGCUGCAACGGUAGCAAAGAACGAAGAUGACGAUAAAGAUAUUGACCUUUUUAUGUCGGACGAAGAAGAGGAUGCAGAGGCUGCUAAAAUUAGAGAGGAAAGAUUAAAAGCGUACGCGGAGAAAAAAUCAAAAAAACCAGCACUUAUCGCGAAAUCUAGUCUAGUGUUAGACGUUAAACCAUGGGGUGAUGACACCGAUAUGAAAGCCAUGGAAGAAGCUGUGAGAUCUAUUCAAAUGGAUGGAUUAGUAUGGGGAGCAUCUAAAUUGGUAGCUGUGGGUUAUGGUAUCCAUAAGUUCAGGAUAAUGUGCGUAAUAGAGGAUGACAAAGUAUCUGUCGACUUGCUGGUGGAGAUGAUCGAAGGUUUCGAACAGUUGGUACAGUCUGUCGAUAUCGAGUCAUUCAAUAAAAUAUAAAUUUACCAUUUCUGCCUGUUAUUUUUAAUGUAAACUUAAUAAAUAAUGAUAAUUGUU